AUGGAUGCCAUGAGUUGUAAUGUCUGUGGAAAUAGAUUAGUUAUUAAGGGUAUUUCACUUGUUUGCACUGGAUGUGGAAAUGCUACUGUAUGAAAAUAUCACUAAUAAUUAGAGAAGUAAUCAUAUAUUCUCAACUGAAUAAGAAUACUAAAAAUCUGUGCUUAAAAGAACUACAUCACAUAUUAAACAAAGAAAAGAUAGAAAUAUUUAAUUCAAUUUUACAUUAUCCGAACAUAUAAAAAACAACUGGGUAUAAUAUUUAGCAGCAUUUACAAAAUUUAUCAAUAAUAUUGCAAAAUAAUUAAAUUUAGAUAUUAAACCUCUUUAUUCUAGAUAUUUAUUUCAUCAUAUCAAUCAACCUGUCACUUCUAAUUGGACUAUUGCAAGAAAAGGACAUUAAGCAUUUUCAGAUAACAGAAUUGUCAAUUCUAAAUAUACAUUUAAUACAUCUAAUACAGAUUCAACAUUUAAUAUUAAAGUAGAAGAUGACUUUGAUCAUGAUUUUGAAAAAUAAUUAUAUAAAAAUUUUAUCUAGGACUAAUAAAAUUAAAGCUCAGUAUUAGAAAUUCAUUAAAUUAAAAAAAAAAUAUCCAAACCUAAAAUUCCCUUCUAUUAAAAAAGAUUCAUUAAACUUCAAUUAAAGUAGGGAAACAAUCUAAAUUCAGUUAAUUAAAAAAGAAAAUAAUCUGUUCAUAGAAAAGGAUCUCAAAUUCUAGAUAUUCCUGUUAAUUAGGACAAAACUACUUUUAUUAAUGGAAUUCUUACUUCAACCAAUCUCACAAAUACAAUUUAUUAUGCUUUGAUAGAAAUUUAUUUUGAAAAAUUUUACACAAUAUCAAAAAACGAUUUAAAAUCUUCAAUCAAGAAAAUUAAAAAUAUCAAAUCAAAUUAAGAUAAUUGUUCUUAAAUGCUUUUAAUUAAAUCAAUAAGUUAAGAUUUAUUUAAAGAAAUGUCUCCUUUUUUAUAAAAGGAAUUCAUCUUAGUUUAAGAUAUCUUAAUUUAUAUGUUGGGAUCUCAAAGUUCUUUUUUUGAAAUGUCUGAUUAAUGGAAUAAUGUAGAAUUUAGGAAUAUUAACAAGAAUCUAAAGAAAAGAAAUGUUAAUUUUAUCUCAAGAAAAAUAAAAUAUAUUUCAUAGUUUUUACAAUCAUUUUAAUAAAAAGAGAUAAACACUUAAGAAACUGAUAUUACAAUAAAAAUAAACAAUAAAUUAUUCUAAAAAAAAAAAAAAAAUUUGAUUCCUCUAGAUUUUACUUUUGGUUUAAUUUUAAUCUAUUCUACAAAUUUGACCUAAGGAAAUAAAUUAUUUCCAAGUAAACUAAUUUAAUUGAUUAAACAAAAAAAAAUAAAUUAUUUAGAAGGUUUUUCACAUUUAAUGAAGGACACAACAAACUAAUAUUUAACAAUCCCACAACAUAUACCUAAAGCUAGCUUUAUUAGAAAUAAUGCAGUAAAACUAUUGAAAUAAUUCUCUAUUGAAUAUUAGGAAUAUAGUAAGGAAUAGUUUUUAGAGAUGUUUAAAAGUAUAUGUAUUGAUUUAAAAAUAUCAUAAUAAAUAUACAAUAUUGCUAUGUCAUUUGAAUAAAAAUACUUUUAAAAUUUGAAAAUCCAUAAUAGUGAAUAUGAUAUCUAUUCUUGUAGUCUAAUAUUACUUGCAUUUAAAUAUUACAUUUAUAUUGAUAAAUAAAAUGCAAUAAAUGAUUUAUGCUUGAUUAGUGAGCAUUGUAAAAACAUAUAACCAUAUGAUUAUAAAGAUUUAGAGGAUUGUAGCUUAGAAGAUUUAAAAUAAAAAGUGAGUGCUUUUUAAAACUUAGAGUAAUUUUAUGGUGAUAGAGAUAUAAAUAUGAAACUAAAUGAAAAAUUAUAAUAAUUAGAUAAUUAUUAUGAAUAGCAAAUAAUCUAAGAGUAUUAAAAACAACUUUAAACUGUUGAUAUAGUAAAUGAAGUAAGAAUAAAAAUCAUUCAUGAAGACUGGGACUUUUACAAAACUGGUGAUUUUGAAUUUGAAUCUCCUGAGGUAAGAUUUUUAGAAAUGAAAUUAAGUAAGUACAUUGAAGAUGAUGAUAAUUCUAUAAUAAAUUUUCUUCAUGAAUUAGAAAGACUGUUAUUGUGA